GUCUCCCCCGCGCCAGGAGAGUUUUGCUGCCGGACGAGAGGCGAGAAAAACGGACGCAUGAGCAUCUGUGCGCGCGGAGCGACGGGCUUCUCUAAUGUGACGUCACCCCGGGCCGUUCGGUGACCGGACGUGGUGCCACCCUGAUCAAACCCCGACUGAGCUCGUGCCUCUAACUGUCUAACAACAAACAUGACGGCCAGCAACGCACCGCGGGACAAAUACCAUGCCGUUUGGAUCAUUUUCUUCAUCAUGGGUUUGGGAACCCUCUUACCCUGGAAUUUCUUUAUGACCGCAACACUAUACUUCACCAGCCGGCUGAGGGAGCCGUCCGCCGCCACGCCCCCCCCGCCGACGGGUAACAUCACCUUGGAUGGCGUAGAGACUCGCAACGUGCUGCAGUCAAAGUUCAACAACGUGAUGACGCUGUGCGCCAUGGUGCCGCUGCUCGUCUUCACCUGCCUCAACUCCUUCAUCCACCAGAGGAUUCCACAGAAGAUUCGGAUCAUCGGCAGCCUCGCUGUCAUCUUCGUGGUUUUCCUGUUGACGGCGGUGUUUGUGAAGGUGGACGUGGCUCCGCUGCCCUUCUUCACCCUCACCAUGCUCAAAAUUAUCUUCAUCAACUCGUUCGGGGCGAUUCUUCAGGGCAGUCUGUUUGGCCUGGCAGGAAUACUGCCCGCCUCCUACACCACCCCCAUCAUGAGCGGACAGGGGCUGGCCGGCACCUUCGCCGCCUUCUCCAUGAUCUGCGCUCUGGCCUCCGGAUCGGACCUGGAGGAUGGAGCUUUUGGUUACUUCAUCACAGCCUGUUUCGUCAUUCUUCUGGCCAUAGGGUCCUACAUCGCUCUCCCCAAGAUGGAGUUCUUCCAGUUCUACAUGGCGAGCCACGGAUCCGCACCCUCUGCUGACGAGGAGAACAAUAUGGACUUACUAAAAAAAGAAAGCGGGGAGAAAAGGCCGGUGGUGAGUCUGGGGGAGGAAGAGGCCCCACCCACCGUGUCGGUGAUAAACAUCUUCAAACAGAUCUGGGUGAUGGCCCUGUCGGUGUGCUUCAUCUUCACCAUCACCAUCGGGACAUUCCCGGCCAUAACCGUGGAUGUGAGGUCGACGGUAGCGGACGGAGGAGCCUGGGAAACGUACUUCAUCCCCGUGUCGUGUUUCCUCCUCUUCAACUUGAUGGACUGGGCCGGCAGGAGCCUGACGGCCGUCUGCAUGUGGCCGGGUAAAGACAGCGUGUGGCUUCCUGUCAUGGUGGGCCUGCGGGUCGUCUUCGUCCCUCUCUUCAUGCUGUGUAACGUCCAGCCUCGUCACUCCCUCCCCGUGUGGUUUGCCCACGACGCCUUGUACAUCAUCUUCAUGAUCGUCUUCGCCUUCUCCAACGGAUACCUGGCCAGCCUCUGCAUGUGCUUCGGACCCAAGAAGGUGCCACCGCAUGAGGCGGAGACGGCGGGGGCCAUCAUGGCCUUCUUCCUGUCCCUCGGCCUGGCGCUGGGCGCCGCGGUGUCCUUUGCUUUCCGGGCCAUGAUCUAAAGUCUCCAGCAGAUGUAGAUUAGACCCCCACAACCCCACCCUGCCUUUUACUUCAGUGGGGACAACAGGUCAGAAGACCGCCGUCCUCCCAAGUGUACAGUAGAGAAUCGUCUCAUCCAGCCACCUCGGACACAUAAGCUGAAACAUGUUACAGAAUAUUUAGUUUUCCUCGAUGCCGUUGAUCAAAACUAGUUGUGUCUGAGGCGUUUUUAUCAAAAACCAAAAGUGUGGAUAAAUCAUUGGUUGACUCGUCGUCUUCCCACCAGGAGCCUCAGUUUUAAAAUACGAUAGAACAAUGUUUCAAUGUAGUGUUAAGUUAUACAUUUCUUACUUUAUUCUUGACAAAUCAUAUUAAGUUGUGUAAAUAGUUUUUUAAAUAAAUGAGGCCCUUCGAUUCCGCCGCUCGACUCACCUACAUGUUUACCGAUCCUUGAAGUUACUCAUUUCACUCUGGACUGUUGCAGCUCUUUAACUCUGAUCAAGCCAAAAACAUUAAAAGACAACACAGGGAAACUGAAGGGAAGUCAUGACCCAUCAAACUGCUAGUUAAUGUGCCGUGUGUGUGAAGUCAUUACGAAACUGUAUAUUCUAAGAAUGUAAAGAGGAAUCCUCAAGACAGGGUUUUAAUAGACGAUCUGGGCCCCUAACUGCUGAAUCUUGAAGCGGGGGGGGUGUCUAGUUUUAGAUGAAGUUGUAUCUGAAAACCGAUUUUCUUGCCAACAUGAAGUUGUUUUCCCAAGUUUCUGCAAUGUAUAAUUGAAAGAAUGAUGUGAGAUUACGCUACGUGUCAUUUAGCUGACGCUUUUAUCCAAAGCGACUUAAGUGCAUUUAAACCACAAGGAUCCAGAUGAGCCAUUUGUAAGAUUAGAAGACUCAUUUGAACAGGUUUUGUAUAAGUAGAUAUUUUUUUAAAUCUUUACCACUUGGCUCUAGCUGAGAUGAAAGCGUCCUGCAGUUAUAUUUUUGAUGCUCUUGUUUAAGUCAUAAUACCAGCUGUGUCCCACGCUUGUUCUUCCGUACUUUGUUUUGGGGGUUGUGGACCAUUUAAAUGUAACCCAUCUUGCAGUUUACAUUGUAAAAUAAAGCUUUUUUUUAAGAAACC